AUGUGAAUGUGUAAGAAAGGCACGCUUUCGAGAGCAGGCUGAGGUUAGUGAGUUGUCACUCGAGGAUUCACUGUUGUGGAGAGUGACUGUAGGGGAAUUAGAAUUGGUAUCGCGUGCUGUGUUUGUGUCUGUGUGUGGGACUGAGUACUGUUUGCACGUUUUUUUUCCUCCUUGGGUCCCAGUUUAGAGUACGUUCCUCCGUUCGUUCCUGCAGAGGUUGUAUUGAAUGUUGCUCCAGACGUUUUGUCAGCGAUCACUAUUUUGGUUGGCAUGUGAGGUCUUGCAACGAAGUCCAAUUGUUAUUUUGGUGACCUGUGUAGUGGGCGUUGGGUGUCUCCGUUCCACAACUUUGGCACGAGACUACGAGUGCAACCACAGCAUACUUUCUAAAUUCAGUAUACAGUCUGCAUGCGAUAUGUUCUCCCACAGUGAAAAUAGCCCAGAUCGUGUGUAAAUGGGGUCGUACAAGACCGCAGGACCAUGUUUUUUUUUUGGGGUCAUGUUGUACGUGAAUUGUAAAAGUAAAGAAAGCUCCCGCACACUGUUCACAUUUGCAUGGUUUACUGCGCCGUUUCGGUCUACUGACCUUCUUCAAGCAAUUCAAAAACAUGUGAAUCGUACAAAUCCAGGUCACUCUUCAGUAGACCUCUUCAGCAUUAGGUCAGACGACCUAUGAAUGCGUCAUCCACCAGUCAUUCAUUGUUGUCCACAGAAUCAUUAUUGUGACUUGCCUUCGAGGGCUGAAUGUAUUCAUUCCUCUGUGUGAAAUCCAUUUUGCAUGUUUGGGAUCACAAACAUGUUACUUUGUUCUUUUGAGUCAUUCUUACUUUAGGCCAAACCACAAAGAAAUGAGCAUUCUCAUAGUGUACGUAGAUCCCCGCUCGCUGCAGCCUUCUUAGCUGAAACAGGCCGUGGCAUUUAAUCAUCUGAUUCCACUCGGAUGCCCAGCAGGAAGAGUUGAGAUGAAAAUAAAACAAGCCAUUGAUUUAUUCUCACCUCCUAUCCACUGACGACGUGCCUUUGAACAGAAGCUGCAGCUCUGACUGGAAGUGCACUCUGUAGCUCUUAAGAAACAUCUCUAUGACACUUUUUUCAAAAUAUUGUUAUAUUAUAGGCAAAGUUCAAAAUAUGGUUGUAUAACAUUGACGACAGAUCACUACAGUAGGAGUUAUUUGCUGUAGAUACUCAAAAUUGGUGCAAUGCUAGCAGACUUUAGAGUGAUGGACACCAAGGCGGUGUUUGCGGCCGUGUACGAGGUGUGCGAGGAGAACGCGACCUUCUUCUCCUCCAGCUCCAAGGGAGGCGCAGGCGGAGGAGGCUCCUCAUCGGCGUCCUCCUCCUCCUCAUCAGCGGGCUCCCCCUCAGGCUCCGGUGGUGGAGGAGGAGGGGGAGGAGGUGGAGGGGGCAGCAGCGCGACGCGGAAGCUGGUGGAGUCCUUGACCACCAUUCAGGAGCACGCGCGCAGCCUCGAGCCCGUGGUGGCCGGCUUCGCUGCCAUCUACCACCACUUCGACUUCGACCCGCACAUACCAGCCAACGGGUACCGCUCGCUUGUCAAGGUGGUGCGCUGCUGCCUCCUCCACAUCGUCCACAAGGGGCGCUACAUCGCCGCCAGCCGCCGCAGCAUCUUCUUCCGCGUGGCGCACCAGGCGGGCGAGAUGGAGGCCUACAGCCGGGCGCUGUGCCAGCUGCGCGCCCUGCUCUACCUGGCGCAGCGGCUGCUGCACGACAACGGCCACGGCAACCUCUUCUUCCAGGAGGAGAGCGGACUCAGCCAGAGCUUCAUGAGGGAGUACGCCUCCAUGCACAAGGGCUGCUUCUACGGCCGGUGUCUCGGCUUCCAGUUCACCCCCUCCAUCCGGCCCUAUCUGCAGACCAUGGCCAUCGGGUUGGUGGCUUUCUCCGAGAACUACAGAAAACACCAGUCUGGCAUAGGCGUUGCGGCCAGCUCUUUCUUCACGUCAGGCAAGUAUGCCAUCGACCCAGAGCUGCGGGGCUCGGAGUACGAGCGCAUCACUCAGAACCUAGACGUGCACUUCUGGAAGAGCUUCUGGAACAUCACCGAGACCGAAAUUCUAGCGAGUCUGGCGAGCAUGACCUCUGUGCAGGUGAAGGUCAACCGCAUGUUGCAGGUGCCCGGCGUGGCCUUCGACCUCCCACUGGCAGCCAAUCCCAAGCAGUCUGUCACCAUUCCCCCGCCCACCGCACACAUAGGCUCCGUCCCUGUCCAGAUGAGGCUGAUCUCCCACGAGCUGCGGGAAGGACAGGACAGUGAGGAGCUGCUGGCCAUGUCUCGGUCGGAGGGCGGCCCCAUGUCCCUCUCCCUGGGCCUGAAGAGCAAGCGCAGUGCCCCCUCCCCCUGGCUCCUGGUCCACUACCACGGAGGAGGCUUUGUGGCCCAGACAUCCAAGUCCCAUGAGCCCUACCUGAAGAGCUGGUCUCAGGAGCUGAGUGUUCCCAUCCUGUCUGUGGACUACUCUCUGGCCCCUGAGGCCCCCUUCCCCCGGGCCCUGGAGGAGUGCUUCUACGCCUACUGCUGGGCCCUCAAGAACAGCCACCUCCUCGGAUGGACGGGCGAGCGUGUGUGUCUGGCGGGUGACAGCGCGGGCGGUAACCUGUGUGUGACGACGUCGUUGCGUGCGGCGUCGCUGGGCGUGCGGCUGCCUGACGGCCUGGUGGCGGCGUACCCGGCCACCCUGCUGACGGCCUACGCCUCCCCCUCGCGCCUGCUCACCCUCAUGGACCCUUUGCUGCCGCUCAGCGUGCUCUCACGCUGCCUCAGCGCAUACGCAGGUGCGGAGCCUCACCCUGAAAAGCAGGUGGAGCGUGUGAGUGCGUUGAGCUCGGUGCGGAGGGACACGGCUCUGCUGCUCAGCGGCUUCAGGCAGGGGGCCUCCAACUGGAUACACUCCCUACUCGACCACCACAGACCAGCCAACGCCAACACAGCCACCGUCGACACGGUGAGGAAGAGUGUAUCUGAGGCGACGCUGUCCUCUCCUCACGCCGACCCCCCCGUGCCCCCCAAGCAGACGUCGGACUUCUCCAAGAACAGAGACUCGCUCAAGAGCCGCACGUGCCAAGACCUGGGCUCCCACCUCACCUCCACCCACACUUCAACACUGCUCACCGAGUGCACGCCGCAGGACGAAGAUAUCAGCUUCUUCCUCAGCACGCCGCCAGACGACCCGUCCAUGUCUACUGCCAUGUCCGAGGUGGCCAUACCGCCUCCCGAUGGCGAGGAGGGAAAGGAGAACCCGCGCGAGUUCCCGCUGGACUUUGAGCCCUUGCGCUCGGAGCAGACGGCCCAUAUGCCCCUGCAGAGCUCGGCGUUGGUGCGCAACCCCUAUAUGUCGCCGCUGCUGGCCCCCGACGCCAUGCUCAAGACCCUGCCGCCCAUACACAUAGUGGCCUGUGCGCUGGACCCCAUGCUGGACGACUCGGUGAUGUUCGCCAAGCGCCUGCGCGGCGUGGAGCGUCCGGUGACGCUGUGCGUGGUGGACGACCUGCCGCACGGCUUCCUCAGCCUGUCGCAGCUGACACGCGAGACCCGCGAGGCCACCGGCAUCUGCGUGCAGCGCAUCCGCGAGGUCUUCCAGGGCAAGGACAAUGCCAACGCGCCCCUGCUGCCCACCAAUGGGCACCGCAAGCUGGAGAGAGCCAACGCCAACGCCCCUGACCCCCUUCUCCUCAACCCUGACAACCAACAACACCAGCAGGAUAACGACAACACAGAUGAUGAUGAUGGUGGCGGCAAUCUGGACCGCAGUGGUGUGUUUGAUGGAGAGAUGACGGAUGAUUAUGAUGAUGCUGAUGAUGAUGAAGGACUGAUGGAGGAGGAGGAUGGAGGGGAGAGGCCGGGGCAAGGGCCAGCUGGACUGAUGGCAGGGGCCAAUAAUGCUGUUGGGGACACUCGGGAGAUAGGGGCUUGAGGAUCACACAUAUACACACACACAGGGCUCUAAAUUAACACCCGCAAUUUCAGUUUGGCUGGUAGGAAAGACCAGCUUACUACCCACUUUGACCCAUUCGUGAGUGCGUGUUUGGCUAGUGAGAUUAACAUCUACAAGCCAUUUUGACUGGUGAUGAAAAAAAGUUAAUUUAGGGCCCUGCGACACACACAUACACAGUGGGAGAGAGCUCAGCUUUACCUAGCGUUCCCAAAGAAUAGAGAGCGUGAGCCAGGAACGACAGGGUUGACUUUAAGAAGAAAGUGUUUGACCAGACCAAGAGGUCUUGUAAGCCGUCCAUAAUAGAAAAGGUAUGGAAGAGUUGAGCGGAGAAAGUUGGAGAAGGUGGAAAAGAUCAGGAAUGGUGGAAGAAUGGAGAGGGAGAGGAGAGGAGAGCACAGACUUAGAAGUCUGAAUGAGCAGACGGACACAGUUACCAUGAUGUAAUUCUCUCUCCUGCUCCAGGACAAAGCGCAUAGCUCACUGUUGCUACUCUACCAUUACCAAGGUCACCAGCAACAAUCACUCAUACAUCAUCUCAUCAAAAGUAAUGGGAACGUUUAUACACAGAAGGAGACAGAAAGACACACACACACACACACACACACACACACACACACACACACACACACACACACACACACACACACACACACACACACAGACACGCUAGGGUAGACACACAUACAUAUUCUACCUGUCGCCAUUUUUGCCUUUGAGCUGUGUAAGUUACCGCUGGAGGAUGUCACUGUGAACUAACUCCAGGGAGCUGUGGGAACAGAGCACUUUAAAUAUAUAAAUAAAUACAUAAAACGUCCUUGGAACUCUCUCAAGAGCCCCCACUGCAAACCAACCAAUCAAAUCGAGUUGGCGACCCCUCAGGAAGCCACUGCACUAUUUA